AUGAGUUAUGGAGAUAUUUAUUCUUAUUAUCCUGAAAAACUUUAUAACUCAGUAGGUCAUGAACGUCGUGAGUCAGAAAUAAAACAAAUAAUUCAAAGUAUUCUUAAAGAAAGAUUAGAAAAAGCUAUUUAUGAUAAAGAUCAAGCUCCUGGGUGGGCUCAUGAAAUAGCAGAAGGAAUUAAGGCAAAGUUAUUAG